AUGGCCUCGGGCCUGUUUGCGCCUCGAGCCUUUUCACGAUACAACCGCCUGCAUAUCGCUGACCAGGCUCCCACGCACGCAAGAUCCGCUCCGUGCGCCACUACAGCCAUAGGUCGCCAUCGCAAGCAGCGUCACCGGCAACGGUGGACGUCGUCCGAUCUGACCCCGUCCGCCCCGUCUCGCCGCCGUGCCGCCAACAAGAUGGGACAGGAGGCCUCGAGCCAGAUCGACGAGAGCGUGCCGCCAGUCACGCUGAGCGAGCGCAGCAUCGAGGCCGUGGCACGCUACAUCCGGGACGGCCGGGCCCGCAAGAUUGUUGCCCUGACGGGCGCCGGCAUCUCGACAGCCGCCGGAAUCCCCGACUUCCGCUCGCCCGGCACGGGCCUGUAUGCCAACCUGAAGCGGCUCAACCUGCCGUACGCCGAGGCGGUCUUCAGCAUCGACUACUUCCGGCAGAAUCCGCGCCCGUUCUACGUGCUAGCCAAGGAGCUGUACCCGGGCCAGUUCCAUCCAACCGUAUCGCACGCCUUCCUCGCCCUGCUGGCAUGCAAGGGCCUGCUCAACAUGCUGUUCACCCAAAACAUUGACUGCCUAGAGCGCGCCGCCGGCGUGCCAGCCGACCGCAUCGUCGAGGCCCACGGCUCCUUUGCCACGCAGCGCUGCAUCGACUGCGGCACCGCCUUCGACGAUGCAGCUAUGCGCGAUCACGUGAGAGAGGCCCGCGUCCCGCGUUGUGGUCAGCCUGGUUGUGGCGGCCUCGUCAAGCCCGAUAUCGUCUUCUUUGGCGAGAGCCUGCCGUCACGCUUUCACGAACUCACCCACGAAACGCCCUCCAGCGACGGCACUGACCUGCUGCUCGUUCUCGGCACCUCGCUGACCGUCUACCCGUUCGCCGGCCUGCCGUCGCUGGCCCCCGACGGUGUGCCGCGUGUGCUCUUCAAUCGCGAGCAGGUCGGCGACCUUGGCGAGCGCCCCGACGAUGUCCUCGCCCUCGGCAGCUGUGACGACGGCGUGCGCCGCCUGGCCGCUGCCCUCGGCUGGCAGGAUGAACUCAACCUCUUCUGGCGUCAGCUUGUCGGCGACAUCGAGGCCGAUCGCCAGCUGCGCCAGGAUGUGCUUCUCGUACCGCCGCCGAAUGAGACGGAAAAGGAGACGAAACAGGCCGGACAAACUUCCGCUUCAGUCCGUCCGGCAGCUGCUGACGAGGUUGACGAGAUCGCUGACGAAAUUGCUGCCAUCCUGCGUUUGGAUGCAAACACCGACAAGAGUGUGGCUGGAGCCUGA